AUGGCCAAAUCACCGACAACAGCAACAACCACAAAAAACAACAACAACAAAAACAACAACCAACACCGACAUCCAAUUCCACCGUCAACAAAGAACAGCACGACCACAGCAGCAGCAACAGCAGCAGCAGCCACAAUCGUCCCUACAUCUUCAAACGAGAUCCUCCUGUCAAAUUUUAUUCUGAACUCGAGCAACUGUGGCGUCGAUGGCAAUCCCUGGAUUGUAGUAAGGAGGCCAGGUGAGCGAAUGAAGGUGAGCAUCAUUGAUUACAGUUGGAAGGCUCGCAACCUCUCCUCGACCGAGUGUGAAAUCAUCGCGUACUUCAUUGAGAAACCCAGCGGUCAAAAUGUGCCCAUCUGCUCCGGAGACAUCUGGUCAUUUUCAGGAUUGUUAUCAAGAUCACAUUCAACCUCCUCGUCGUCGUCGUCUUCAUCGUCAUCCUCAAUGUUGUUGUCUGCCAAUGAGCACAACGUGUUGGUGAGUGAUAGCGAAAGACUGGAGAUCAAACUGCCCAAACGAAAUGUCGCCAUGUUCAUCAUUCGCAUUCAGUGUUAG